CAGAAGGGUUCACGUGGAUUUGGGGAGAAGGACGUGGAUGAGGGAGGAGGACGGUACCAGGAAAACGAGGGGCUGGCACAACCGAGAAGUUACGCGGCCUCAGAGAGCUUCGAGCUCGCUGGCAACGAAGCCCGCCGGAAGACACCGAGGGUCUCCGCCACGUCCCGGGCACGGCUCGGCCGCCCCUGCGGACGCGCUCCUGCUCACGCCGCGCCGCAACCCCCGUCGGCGGGCGGCCGUUCCCGGCAGCGGCGGCGCGCGGACUCCGGCAUGGCGGCCCAACGCGCGCGCGUCACUUCCGGCGGGCGGCGGAUAUAAGCGGCAGGAUUUCCGCUUUCGCUCCUUUCCGGCGGUGACGACCUCCCCACGAGAACAUGCCCCUCGCGAAGGACCUCCUGCACCCGUCCCCGGAAGAGGAGAAGAGGAAGCACAAGAAGAAGCGCCUGGUGCAGAGCCCCAACUCCUACUUCAUGGACGUGAAGUGCCCGGGAUGCUACAAAAUCACCACCGUCUUCAGCCACGCGCAGACCGUAGUUCUGUGUGUCGGCUGCUCCACUGUGCUCUGCCAGCCCACGGGAGGGAAGGCGAGGCUUACAGAAGGAUGCUCCUUCAGGCGGAAGCAGCACUGAAAGCACCCGGGAUCAGGAUGAGCGGGACACUACCCCAAUAAACAGAUUUUGGAUA